AUGCCAGCCGCAGACUCAUACGACGAGUCCUUAUUCCGAGGAACGGCAUAUGUCAAGGGUACGGCCUCCGGCAGACUCAUUGCAAGUAACACAGAGUUAAGCUUCUGGGGCGGUGUUGAUCCCCAGACAAGCGAGGUCAUUGACCGUCACCACCCGCUGAGCGGGCAGCAUAUUCAUGGCUCUGUCCUCGCUAUCCCGGGUGGUCGUGGUUCAUGCACUGGUAGCGGAGUGGUGCUGGAGCUCCUCCUCAACGACAAAGGACCAAAAGCCAUCUUGUUUGAGCGGCGGGAAGACAUCAUCACGCUUGGUGUGGUGAUCGCCGAAGAGAUGUUUGGUAAGGCUAUACCAGUGGUAGUGCUGGAUUCUCAGGACUUCCGGGAGGUGUUGAAACUUGAUGGCCGUUUGAUUCAUGUCGUUGAUGGUCAUGUGUCUGAUCAUGAAUUACCUGGCUCCUUGGUUGAAUCCGCAGUAGGGGAUAUGGAUACAGCUUCUGUGAAUAACAUAAAGCUCUCGGAAGUCGACAGAGCCUUUCUUGAAGGUAUCCAUGGUGAAUCAGCUCGGGUGUCGAUGCGAAUCAUACUACGCAUGGCAGAUUUACUAGGUGCUCGAGAAUUAAUGGAUGUUACCCAGGUCCACGUAGAUGGCUGCAUCUACGUCGGAUCAGGAUCACUCAUCUUCGCAGAAAGACUCCGGGACUGGGGAGGAAAAGUCUGUGUCCCAACUUCCCUCAACUCCAUAUCCAUCGACCAGAAACGAUGGCGAGCGCAAGGAAUCGAUUCAGCGUUCGGCGAAGCCGCCUCAAAGCUAGCAGAUGCUUACACCGAUAUGGGCGCAAGCCCAACCUUCACCUGCAGCCCGUACCAGCUCGAAAGCGCACCGAAAUUCGGUGAACAGGUAGCCUGGGCAGAAUCUAAUGCCGUCGUCUACGCGAAUAGCGUCCUCGGUGCCAGGACGAUGAAGUAUCCCGACUUCCUUGAUAUCACCAUCGCCCUGACAGGUCGCGCUCCGAAGGGAGGACCGCAUAUUGAAAUCAACCGGCUUGCGUCGCUUGUUGUGAGAGUUUCUUGCAUGCAAAACGCCAAAGAUAUCGAUGACUCCUUCUUUCCCCUUCUGGGCUAUCACGUAGGGACCUUGGCCCCAAGCGAAAUCCCCGUGCUGGUAGGGGUCGAAUCCCUAGCCCCGAGCAAAGACGACCUGAAAGCCUUCGGGGCAGCGUUCGCCACCGUGUCAAGCGCACCAAUGUUUCAUAUCAUCGGUGUCACUCCAGAAGCAAGCACGCUCGAAGCUGUCAUCAGCAAGGCACCUCACGUCCGUUCCGUCGAUGUACAGAUAAAGGAUCUGAUCGAGUGCUGGGAUGACCUGAACAGCGCCGCAUCCCAUCAACCCGUUGACCUGGUAUCUCUGGGUAACCCACACUUCUCCCUAUCAGAGAUCAGAAAGCUUGCUGCAUUAUGUCGUGGCCGCACGAAAAAGGAAAACGUAGCUGUUAUCGUGACCUGCGGGCGGUCUACCUACGGCCUAGCCUGUCAGGCCGGGCUGGUUGAAGAACUGGAGAAAUUCGGCGUCCAGUUUAUCACGGAUACAUGCUGGUGUAUGAUCACUGAGCCGAUUAUCCCGCGCUCUACGGGUGCCAUCAUCACUAACUCUGGGAAGUUCGCACACUACGGACCAGGUCUUACUGGGAAGAGUUUCUACUUCGGGAGUCUUGCCAGAUGUGUUGAUGCUGCGUGUCGAGGUAGUGCUGAGGAUGGUAUGCCACAGUGGCUAUUGAAUGGCGUAUAA